AGUAGAAUAAUUCAAUUUUAUUAUUGUGCAAUUGCAAUAUUUGCUAAUAUAUAAUAUUAAUAAAGCUAGAUACCUUGGUGAAGUAAUGCCACCUAAAUCUUUAAGCUUGAAAAAGGCACCACAGGGGCCGCCAAAGAAUCAAAAAGCAAUAACGCAGUUCUUUAAGAAGACAAAUGUUACAAAUUCACAAAGUGUAACCGUAAAAAAGGCUUCACCUGCAAAAGAUGUAGAGAAGGUUUCAGUUAAACGAAAGGCAACUUCUCCUCUUCAUGUCGAGGCUACUGGGACUAACCAAGCAUGCACGACUAAUGGAAAUGAUAUAAACAAAAAACUGAAAAGUGAAAAACAGAAUAGUAUAGAGAAAAAUGCAAUGAAAAAUGGUACUAGAACAUCUCUAAUAAAUAAUGGUUAUCACUGUGAAACAGUGAAGAAAUCGCCUGGGAAAGAAAAUGGUUAUAAAUCAGCAAUAACAUACAACGAUUUUGAUAGUCUUUUAAGAAAUGAUCAUGUAGAAAACAAUGGGAACCUGAAAAAUUGUUCUCCGAAGAAGAGGUCCCCACUGACGUUAAGCCAAGAAAACAAUAUUAUUGAGAAUGAGAUACAAAGUAUCUUGGAUGAUGAUGAAAUUGAGUGUAAAUCAAAUGGAAGUAAUAAUAAUGUGUCCAUCAAUAUACUAUGUCAAGCGAAGUUUUCACCAAACUUUUAUGAUAUACAUGAUGAAGAUAGUCCAGAAAUCAAUAAGUCUAUUGUCAAACAAAGUAAUGGUACUCCAAAAAUGUGCAGUCCACCAAAGUCCAGCUCUCCCUUAAAAAUUUACAAGUCUCCUGCCAAGUGUGCUAAGGUUCUUGAGUUCGAUGACCCUGAAGUUGACAGUGUGUUUGGUGAUGACUGGGCUGAAGAUAUUAAUGAGGAAAAUACAGAAGACUUGGAUUUGAGUGUGAUGCAGAGAUGUGAAAUAGAAGUAGUCUACAGGUUACCCAACAGGCUGGAACUGAAACUCAAGAAUGCUACUAAUAAUAGGGCUACGUGCUUUGUUGAAGGCAUUUGGCUACACACACCCCUAAAUCCCGGCGACACCGUCAGCAUCCUCGCCACACGUGACUCCUCAGGCAGAUUCACAGUCAGCAACUCCUCAGGGCUGCUGGUGCUGCGGCCCGACCGGCUGGUGUCGUCCACUAGUGUGGUAGCCGGGGUGUUCUGCCAGCGGAAGGCUGUGCUACAGGAGCGCUGGAAGGGCAUUGACUCUGCGAAUACUGCUAUGACAAUCGGCAUAUUAGUGCACGAGCUAGUACAAAAAGCCCUGACGCAGAACAUUAGGGCCGUGGACCAACUACGUAAAGAGGCGAACAAUAUCAUAAAGGAAUCGAUUCAGAGCCUGUACGACGCAGGUCUAUCAGAUGAGGAGGCGAGUUCAAAUAUUCAGCAGUACAUUGCGCCGCUGGCAGAGUUCAUGCAGACGUAUAUGUCGGAUAAACCACCUCCGAUGGGACAGAAAGAUAAGUGGUGCGGAAAUAUCAACAAAGUGCUGGACAUCGAAGAAAACUUGUGCUGCCCGCAGCUGGGCCUGAAGGGCAAGAUCGACGCCACGCUACAAGUUACUAUUCAUGAACGAAAAGGUCGCCAGGCAGCAAUAGUCCCACUGGAGUUGAAAAGCGGUCGCGCGUCAGUGUCAGCGGAGCACCGGGGGCAGCUCGUACUGUACGGCAUGAUGCUGGCUCUGCAGCGCGCGAAGGACCCCGCGACCAGCGAGCAGCGUGGCUUGCUGCUCUACCUCAAAGAGCGUGUAGACCUAAGGGAAGUGAGCUGUGGAUACCCUGAACGAAGAGAUCUGAUAAUGCUCCGUAACCAACUAGUGCAGUACCUGGCCGAUGGACCGACGGCGACCGACCCAGAGCAAAUGACUGACAUAGAGGAGGCAUCGAGCCUCUUGCAACAAAAUCUGCCGGAGCCGGUUAACCACCACAACGCGUGCGCCAAGUGCCCCUACCUCACCGUCUGUUCCUUACAUCUGUGGCAUACAAACGGCCCCACCGUAUCAGAACAGCACCCCCUCUCGAAACUAAAGCAGGACGCCCUCGGCCAUCUAUCGGCGGCGCACGUCAACUACUUCUUACACUGGACGGCGCUUCUCAAGAUGGAGGAAACUGGACAGAUGUCGGCGUCCCCGUUGCAUGCGUUGUGGACUGAUAGCGUUGAGAAAAGGUCAAAGCGAGGAACGUGCGCUGCGAAUUUAAGACUGAAAUCAGUGGUGCAAUCUGGCGAUAGAUACACGCACACUUUUGAAAGGCAGAGCAUAAAUAAUGGAGAUAAGCCACAACAUAAAACCAAGGGCCCCCAGGAAGGCGAUUUCUCAAUAGUGAGCAUAGACAACAGGCCGUGGAUCGCCGCCGGAGUAGUCACUGUUUCUAAAGAAAACGAAAUGCUGAUUCUAUUGGAAAGGGACCUGAGCCGCCGGCUGAGCAAAGACACGAUGUUCCACAUCGACACAUACGAGUCGUACGCGACCACAGUACAGAACCUGACUAAUCUGGGAGUGCUGCUGGAGGACAGCGAUCGGGCGCUCAGACUGAGAAAAAUAAUAAUCGACAAAGAAUCCCCUGUAUUCGAAAAGAAGCUCCCUCGCGAAGUGGGCAUGCUCGGCGCUAAAAUGAUGAAGUCACUGAACAUACAGCAACAGAGAGCCGUGUUGAAAGCACUCGCUGCCAAGGACUAUGCACUGUUGCAGGGAUUGCCGGGGACUGGUAAAACUCAGACGAUAAGCGUCUUGAUACAAAUGCUGGUGGCGCUGAAACAACGCGUGUUGGUCACAGCGCACACUCACUCAGCUGUCGACACUGUAUUGAGCAGGUUACCAGAGUCCCUGAAAGUGAUGCGGCUCGGUUCGGCGGCGCGCGUGGCCCCGAGCCUGCUGGCUCGCUGCGAACAUCAACUGGCUUCUAAAUGCGAGACACCGGACCAGUUAGAACAACUGUAUAAAUCUAUGGCGAUGGUUGGAGUGACGUGCUUGGGAGCUGCGCACGCGAUGUUGGCUCGUACUACCUUCGAUAUCUGCAUCGUAGACGAAGCCACUCAGGUUUUACAAUGCACUGUUCUACGGCCCCUGUUCGCUGCAAAUCGGUUCGUCCUGGUAGGAGACCCGGAGCAACUGCCGCCCGUAGUUAGAAGUCGUGCUGCAAGACGACUAGGUAUGGAGGAGAGCUUAUUCCACAGACUGAUGACGGAAGAAGCGACGUCCACACUGCAGCUGCAAUAUCGAAUGAACCAGGCGCUCGCCGACCUGGCCAAUAAAGUAGCUUACAAUGACAGACUGAAGUGUGCUGACGAGAAAGUUGCUCAAGCUAAAUUGAACAUUAAUGCCCAGAAAUUGUCAGCGCACACAUCAGAGUCGUGGUUGCUGAAGGCCUGCAGCGCAGAGCCAGAGAACGCUGUGUUAUUCUUCGACAUGAAGAUGGCGGAAAAGGCUGAAUCUAGCAGUAAGACAUGCGCCAACCUCGACGAGGCGUGUGUGGUUUUGGCAAUAGUUGAAACUUUAACAGUUGGUGGCGUAAAAUCACAGGAUAUCGGAGUAAUAUCCCCAUUCCGCGAGCAAGUGGCACUUCUACGUCGAGCGCUGAGUGUUGAAGUCAGCACUGUCGACCAGUUCCAGGGGAGAGACAAGUCCGUCAUAGUGUACUCUUGUACGAAACGGGACGUCAGGGACAACAAAGUGAAGGUUAGAUCACUCUCUAGGAUUCUGCAAACAAGUGGCGUUUCUACGAAGAACGCUGAGUGUUGAAGUCAGCACUGUCGACCAGUUCCAGGGCAGGGACUAGUCCGUCAUAGUGUACUCUUGUACGAAAGGAGACGUCGGGGACAACAAAGUGAAGGUUAGAUCACUCUAUAGGAUUCUGCAAACAAGUGGCGCUUCUACGAAGAACGCUGAGUGUUGAAGUCAGCACUGUCGACCAGUUCCAGGGCAGGGACUAGUCCGUCAUAGUGUACUCUUGUACGAAACGAGACGUCGGUGACAACAAAGUGAAGGAAGGUGAAGUCCUAAACGACCAGCGCCGCUUAGCAGUCGGAGUGACCCGCGCCAAACACAAACUACUAAUAGUGGGCAAUUCAAACGCGCUACAGCGAUACGUGCCCCUAAAGCGGUUGAUAGACGUUUGCCCCUCUUUGGUUAUGGAAAGAGAAACAAUCAAUCAAGUUAUAGGGAAAUAUAAAAGUGUAGUUUCAUAAGCCACUGUGAUUAAAUUAUGUUAUUUGUGAUUGGAUAUUUAUGUGCCUUAUAGUUCGUUUUUUUAGCAUUAGAAAUAAGGUAAACAAUCUUGAUGUGUCUUAAGAGCCCUUCAACGUGCACACUAGCGCCACAGCUAAAUAACCGUAAUUAUUUAAAUUUAACGAAUCCAGCAACAUAAAAACUAGUUUGAUGAAUUCAAAAGGUACUUAAAUACACAAUACAGUACGUAGCGGCCCUCUUUUUUUCAAUACCUUUCGUUAAAUUUAAAUUAUUACGAUUAUUUAGCUGUGUCGCUAGUGUGCACGUUGAAGGGCUCUUAAUUGAAAAACACAUUUUAAAAAUAAGUUACGGCAAAUAUGUAAUAAUUAUGAAUCUAUUACGAUCAUUUAUAUUCUUCUGCUUUCUUAGGUAAUAGUUACUGAUUUUUAAAAAGCGUUUUUCAAUUAAAAUACAUAUCAAGAUCGCUUACCUUCUUUCAAGUUCUUUCUAAUGAUAAAAAGAACGAACUUAUAGAUGGGUUUUGGUUUGAUUAGGUUAUCGUGGUAUUCCACCUGUCCAAUUUCUUUGUCCAAUGUCAGAGAAACAAUCAAUCAAGUUAUAGGGAAAUAUAAAAGUAUAGUUUCAUAAGCCACUGUGAUUAAAUUAUGUUAUUUGUGAUUGGAUAAUUAUGUGCCUUAUAGUUCGUUUUUAUGGCAUUAGAAAUAAGGUAAAC